AUGGCGUUCAAGGUACAAGUUGGUUCCGUGCUGCGGAAGACAGCGACACCCAAGACUGCUGCGUUACGAUCGGCAUGCGCCGCACGGAUAGCAACCCCGGCCGGCACGACCUUUGGGAGGGCGGCGGCUGCGGCCCGGGGUUUCUCCACGUCGCCCAUGCGGCUAUGGCGGCCCACACAGGCACGGCAAGCCGAUAUCACGCGCACGUCGGAGCGCUACCCGGACCUGAAGCGCGACUCGCGUUUUGCGGCGCUGACGCGCGAGCACGUCGCCUACUUCAAGGAGCUGCUGGGCGAGAACGGCGUGGUCGACGCCGUGACGGACCCGGCGUCCCAGGACGACGUUGAGCCGUUCAACGGCGACUGGAUGCGCAAGUACCGCGGCCACGGCAAGCUGGUGCUCCGUCCGGGCUCGACGCAGGAGGUCAGCGAGGUGCUCAAGUACUGCAACGACCAGCGGCUGGCGGUGGUGCCCCAGGGCGGCAACACGGGCCUCGUGGGCGGCUCCGUGCCCGUGUUCGACGAGGUCGUCCUCAGCACGGGCCGCAUGCAGACGAUUCGCUCGUUUGACGACGUCAGCGGCACAUUGGUGGUCGACGCGGGCGUCGUGCUCGAGGCCGCCGAUGCGUACCUGGCCGAGCGUGGCUACCUGUUCCCGCUGGACUUGGGCGCCAAGGGCUCGUGCCAGAUUGGCGGCAACGUGUCGACCAAUGCGGGCGGCCUGCGGCUGCUGCGCUACGGCAGUCUGCACGGCACCGUGCUCGGCGUCGAGGCCGUGCUGCCCGACGGCACGGUUGUCGACGACCUGUGCAAGCUGCGCAAGAACAACACGGGCUACGACCUCAAGCAGCUGUUUAUCGGUGCCGAGGGCACGCUGGGCAUCGUGACGGGAGUGUCCAUUGCGUGCCCUCAGCGGCCCGCCGCUGUCAACGUGGCGUUCCUGGGCCUGUCGUCCUACGACCAGGCGCUCAGGGCGUUCCGCGAGGCCAAGGCGCAGCUGUCCGAGAUCCUGUCGGCCUUUGAGCUUAUGGACGCCGGCAGCCAGCAGAUUGUGCGCACGGUGCGGCCCGACGCCCGGCGGCCGCUCGAAGGAGAGCACGACUUUUACUGCCUGAUCGAGACGAGCGGCUCCAACGCCGAGCACGACACGGCCAAGCUGGAGGCGUUCCUGGAGGACGUCAUGGGCAAGGAGAUUGUCGAGGAUGGUGUUUUGGCGCAGGACGAGACGCAGGUCAAGGCGCUGUGGACGUGGCGCGAGGGCAUCACAGAGUGCCUGGGCCACCUCGGCGGCGUGUACAAGUAUGAUGUCUCGAUCCCGCUUCCGGAGCUGUACAAGCUGGUCGAGGACACACGGGCGCAGCUCGAGUCCAAAGGCCUGAUUGGCGACGGCGACGAGUUCCCGGCGGCGCAGGUCGUUGGCUACGGCCACAUGGGCGACGCCAACCUGCACCUGAAUAUUGCGGUGCGGCGAUACGAUGAAGCCGUCGAGGCGGCGCUGGAGCCGUUUGUCUACGAGUGGAUUUCCAAGCGGCAAGGCAGCAUCAGCGCCGAGCACGGCCUCGGCCUGGCCAAGAAGAAGUACAUUGGCUACAGCCGGAAUGAGACGAUGGUUGGUUUGAUGAAGCAGAUCAAGAACACAUUUGAUCCUAACGGCAUCAUGAACCCGUACAAGUACAUCUAG